AAGAUAGUGUACCAUACACCUAUAUUUAUACAACUUGAAAUUGUUCUAAAAAUAUAAUGUAAACAUGCUCUUAUUAAGACUUUAUCAAUUCAACUAUUAAAGGCUCGCGUAUUGUAAGAAUUAUAUGUAAACAACUUUUAAUUGGUGUUAACAUAACGGAUAAUACCUGCGUAUUUAUUACACAAUUCUGUUGUGUUAAUACCAGUUAGACAAGUACGCGGGACGUGCGGUUAGUCGCUGCGUCUGGCUGUACCGCUAUCUGGGCAAAUAAAUAAAAGAUGCAGCGGAGAAUGGAUACAUAGCGGGUCUCACAGCCGCCAACGAAGUUCAGUGCGCCCCCAGACACCUUCCGCGAUGGUCAACUACAGACGAGUGGUGUGCGAGGUGGUGCUGGCGGCCGUGCUGGUGAGCGUGGCCCUGGCCGCGCCGGCGCCCGACUGCGCGCAGAAGCACUACGACCAGCGUCAAAACGGCUCCGAGAACUACAGGCUCAAUAUCGAUGGCGUCGUCAUCGCUGUGGCUCCCGCCGAGUCCAUCAUGUCCGCCCUCGGGGAUAUGGAAGACCUGCUGGAUUUCAGCCAGUUGGAGGAAAAGCCAAAGCCACCCCAGGCUUCUGGGUCACCCGCACCGGCGAUUCAAAUAGUGUCCUUACCGACGGUCGAUGUGAAGCCCCAAGAAGAGAAGCCUCAGGAAGACAAGCCAGCUGAAGGCAAGCCGGAGACACCGGUGAAAACCGAAUCGGCGUCCCCGCUGAGCGAUGUCAGCCUCGGAGACGAUGUCAAGGUGCAGAAGAAAGAUGCUUCUGUAAGGAAACACGAAAAAGCACAAAGAUAAUAUCGUGAAAAUAUCAGAUUGAAGAAUCGUCUCGCCAGUUUACUGAUGCCGCUAUUAAGGAAAGCUCGUCAACAUUAACGACCACGAUCUACUAGACUUGGUUUUAUGAUAUAAAAUUGUCUUCAAUGUAUAACGAAUGAUUUAUCAUUGAAGAUGUGAAUAAGACUUAGCCAUGAAAUGAUGCAUUUAUUUUAGUUGUAAGUUUAAUUUAUAGGUACGUAAGUGUGUACAUUGUUUCGUUGAAAAUAAAUAAAUAAUUCUUAUUGAAAAAUCCCUA